AUGGAGGAAUCCACAGGAAAAUUGUGUAGGAUCAAAGACUACUUCUCCGGACGCAGUGUGUUGCUGACGGGCGGCACGGGCUUCAUCGGCAUGGCGCUGAUUGAGGGAUUGCUGAGCGCCAGCCCGGAUCUGGGGCGCGUCUUUGUGCUGGUGCGCGAGAAGCGAGGCAUGUCGCCGGAGGAGCGCGUGGCGCGGCUGCUGAGCAGCGAGAUCUUCGCGCACCUGUCCGCCGAGGCGCUGGCCAAGGUGGUGCCGGUGGUCGGCGAGCUGACGGCCGAGAACCUGGGCCUGAGCGCCGCCGUCCUGGCGCAGAUCCGCGACAGCGUGAGUGUCGUGAUCCACAACGCGGGUCUCAUCAAGUUCAAUCGCACUCUGGCCGAGGCUGUGCAGAUGAACGUGCUGAGCACUCUUCGCUGCAUUGAUCUAGCCAAGAGCCUCCACCAUCUCUCUGCCUUCAUCUACUCAUCCACUGUACUAGCAAAUUCUAACGUUGCGGGUCGUGUGCGCGAGGAAGUGUACAAAACUAAUCGAAGUCCUCGUGAAAUGAUUCAAUUGGCACUCGAGACGCCGUCCAGCUUGAAUAGAAUUCCUGAAUUUAAGGAAGCCUUUAUUGAGGGUCACAUUUCGUCGUAUACAUUCACAAAGCAAUUGGCGGAAAACCUUAUCCUUGAGGAAAUGGCGGGACUUCCAGUAGGCAUCAUAAGACCUUCUUUGGUUCAUGGAUUCUACGAACAUCGCAUUCCUGGCUGGUUUGGUAGUUCUCAAAGCGGUCACUGCAAUUGCAUGAGAGGACAUGUCAAAGGGAUAGCUCGAACCUGUGUGGGCUAUCCAGAUACUCAAUUCACAAGUGUUCCUUGCGACUACGUGGUCAAGGCUGCGCUGUGUCUGGUGGUCUUUCUAAGUUCACAGUCUGCUCCACAAAACAAGCCAACAAUUGUCCAUUUAACUAGCACAAGGAAUGCCAAUCCACUUACCAAUCAGCAAUUCUGUGACAUUCUCAACGAGGAAUCAUGGAAGAGUCCUUGUGACUCCUAUGCCUUGUUGCCUAGACUUAAGCUCCGCAACGGAUGGCGAAUGGAAGUCUUCUUCCUCUGGCUCACGCUUUUCCACGUGAUUAUGUAUAUUCCAGAGAGGGUAUUCAAGUUGUCGCCGAAAUGGAUGAGAGGUUUCAGAAUGCUGUCGCUGCAGUACAAUUCAAUGAAGUUCUUCAAAGAGCACGGCAUACGUGAGUCGGAUUAUUGCUUAGACAACUCAAAGGAUUUGCUGAGACAAAUGCAUCCUGAUGACAUUGAAAAGUACUCCUUCGACAUUGACAGAGUGAACUGGAGGAAAUGCCUGGCUCAGUGUCUCUUCUGGGCCAGGAAGUCGUAUUACAGGGAUUCCGGGUCAGUGACAUGGAUGCAUCGGGUUGUUCAGUACUUAUUCUUGGGAAUGGAAUGUUUAGGCUAUCUGACUGUGUUCAAGAUAGUGAAAUUCCUCAUCAUGUUCUUCACUGGGAGCUUAGUUUUAAGUACAACUGUGGGUCUCUUUGCUGCGCUAUUUGCUUACUGGCUAUAG